CUCUCCUCAGACAAGACAGGCGACGAGGCACGAAACCAGUUUUUGGAGGAAAUUGAACUUAUGAAAUCAAUCGGCUCACAUCCUAAUGUUGUUAGAAUGUUGGGAUGCUGGGUACACUCGGAUCCUAUCUUUCUCCUCUUGGAAUACGUUUCUUACGGGGAUUUGUUACAGUGGCUAAGAAACAAAAGGAUACAAGUAAGUGGAUAAGAAAAGUUUCUCGAGAGAAACACAUUCUCAGUGUUCUAAAUCAAUUUUUACUCCUACUUUUGAUAUCAUGGAUGGAUAUUAUUUCUUUUGCUCCGAUUUUGUUAAAGCUGUCAUUGCUCUAAUGGUUUCAAACUGAUUGUUAAGUAUUGCCAACAGGAUCGAAGGAAAAGUCACCAUAGCAAUAUUAAAUUGCCUUGAAAUGCGUUUAAUCCUGGCUUCCUGAAACUAUAAAAUACGCAAGGUUAUCGAAUCGUAAUCAAUUUUUUUCAAUUGUUUAUUAUCCCAUACGACAUUUACGUCGACUCAGAUUUUCUUAAAUGAACAUGGCCUCAAAGCUCCAAUGCAAAUUAUAAUUUUUUUUUAAUUUAGUAGAAAAGAUAAUAUUUGUAGCCCCUACCUGCUUUGAGACCGAGAGCAAUCGUUCUGAGUGUUAUAACUAAUCUUUUCCUCUCAUGUAAUGCACAGAAGAGUUAUCAAAAGCAUUAUGAUAACUUCAACAAGCCUCUGCAACUUGAUGCAAAUCUGGUGCAGAUUAACGAAGAUGAGUCCAGAGAACUGCUAUCGAGGAGUGAAGAAGAAAGUGGAAAGGAUCCAGACACCAAGGGUAUUCCUAAGGCUGUUUCAACCUCAGUUUCUGUCUUUGCCUCGGGUAUUGAAAGUGUCUCGAAGGAAAAGACACCCGCCAUAGAUGAAGCAAAAACUGACGUGACAGAAAAGGUGCAGAAUCAUUACGAAAAACAUCCUAUUCAAACCUCUCUAAGUGAUUGUCAUAAUAAUGUGGAACGGGACGAAGACUUCACAGCUAAGAAUCUUCUUGGCUUUGCGUGGCAAGUAGCGCGCGGAAUGGUUAGUUAUGUUUCAGUUAUCACAUUGUUGUUCUCUGUUAACGGCGUUUUUCGUAAACACUGUGAAGGGUAUAAUUCUUCAUGUUUUUUCGUUGAAGGGGGGGGGGAGGGACGAUUGAGGACGCACAAUGUAGCAACACAGCUGAUAGAGUCCAUUAUCCCACAGAUGUUCGGGCUACUGGACAAGAAUGGCUUGAAUACUUACGACACCGAUUAUUAGGGUACAAUAUUCCCACUUAUUAUCCAACUGCACCGAGUAGAGCACAAAUAACGCGUCCAUCGAGUAAAAAUAUCCUGUGAUAUUAGACAGUUACGAUAGGUUAUUUUGGACUAUAAAAAAAACCUUUUUAACCAGUCGGCUACACAUGGCACCCUUCUCUGCUUGCUUAGCUUUUCCCACUUUAUAAGAAAAGCGUAUGGAAUAAAACAGUUGAAUAAUAAAUCACUUGUUAGACGUUUUGAUGUAUAGUAUUGCUGAUUAUUUUCACACGUUAUUUUCUUUUUUGACUCGCCCUGCGAGCUUGUCAAAAUACGGCACAACUCGUAAAAAUACUCAGCGAUACUACGCGCCAAAAUGCCUAAUAAGACAUAUAAGAUACAUGUCGCCUCAUCCUAUGGUCGCACAUUCUAAGACAGACCAGAUGAAGCAAGUUCGCUUGACUUGUAGACGCGUAGUCUCAGGGACCUGUCAUUAUUUAUCUUGGGGGGGGGGGCGGAGGAUUUUUUUGGGGGGGUCACAUAGCUUUCAGGGGGGAACGGUGAGGGGAUUAGUCGUCCCUUACAGAAUAUAAAUAGGGGACUAUAGAAAAUUGAUUGCCAGUGAAGGCAGGUCGUAAGAAUACUAUAGAGCCUUAGAGGGUAAUCAGUUAAUCCUCUGACUCCCUCCCUCAGUAUGUACUAAAAAAAAACAUGAAUCUUUCUCUUCUUAUGUUCUUUUACCAUUCCAGGCGUAUUUAUCAGGUAAAGGAUUUGUCCAUCGCGAUUUGGCAGCUCGUAAUGUUCUUCUUGGUGAAAACAAAGUGGUGAAAAUUUCUGAUUUUGGACUCAUGAGGCAAACCCAUGAAAACGUUUACACACUGAAGAAAGGGAAAAAGAUACCAGUAAAAUGGAUGGCGCCAGAAGCACUUUACAAUAGUGAAUAUACAACCAAAAGUGAUGUGUAAGUGUUUUAACAACUGCUAAGAGACCGGAGGAGGGGAAGGGGGUUCGGAUGAUUUUGGUUGUGUCACGUUAAUUUACUGAUCCCCCCCAGAAGGCAUCACAUAGUGAAAUGAAGCAAUCACGGAUUACUAGUGACGCUCAGUCGAUAACUCCUCUACAUGUAUAUCACCAUUUGUAUCAUGGUGUCAGGAUAUCAUGUUUGCAUGACCCAAUUGUUAUCAUGCUACCAUCGACCUGUUACCAUUUUUAUAUCAAGUAGGUCUGUACUGGCGCUGUUGUCAAGAUUGAAGUCCUGUGGAAAAUAAGCGGAGCCUGGAGCAAUAGGAAAGAUUUUUAAUUUUUUAAGUUUUAAUUUUGAUUUACUAUCAUGUUAAGUUUUUUGAAUAACAUUUAAUUUUUCAGAUGGUCUUUUGGAAUUCUCCUCUGGGAACUUUCCACAAUGGGUAAGAAAACGUCUAAAGAGUGUGAUACAGAGGACUUUUAAAUUCUAAUUACUUUGCUGUUUAGGUUUUUCUAUCUUUAACCUUUUAACUCCCAAGAUCUAAAGAGCAAUUCUCCCUUUUGACGACAAUACAUUAUUUUGUAAAUAACAAAGCCUUUUCUUGUUGUAGGAGGAAACCCUUACCCAGGAGUCAAUAACAAAGAGUUGUACAAUCUUCUUAAGACUGGAUAUCGAAUGGAAAAACCAGACACCUCUUCUGAUACAUUGUAAGUGGCAAACAGCACUCUUUUUUACUGAAUUGAACGUCGAAAAUGUUUUUUUUGCAGUUGAUACCUUGUGGUUGUAAACUGGUCGUGUGGUUUUUUUUCUCACUAAAAAGCUUGAUAUCUUUGUCCUGAGCGUUCUUGAAUGUAACUUCAUUGAUAUAAGAUAACACUGGAUGAAAUACAUUGAAAGUCCCUAAGAAAAAUCUUUGAGAGAGGCGAAAUACCAAAAGUGUUUACAAUAAAACAGGGAUCCACGCUUGUAUAUUACAAAGGCCUACCCGCUCAUUUGUCUUUCUCAGAUAUCAACUGAUGUCAGAGUGUUGGAAAGAAGAGCCCGAUGAGAGACCGACUUUUGAAAACACCACGAGAUUAUUAGAGGAAAUGAUGCAAGAGGACACGCCUUAUUUGGAUUUUGAAUCACUUGAUGAGUCAAAGGAGUAUUACUGCAGUCCAGAAAAGCUUUCUGAUGAUGAAGUCACAGCUUAA